GUGUUGACUAGGCUUGGCACAUAUUGAGAUUGAGAUAGUUCGCAGGUAAAAUUAAAAAUUAUUCACGCGAUAUGCCCUCGUGUGUUGUUUUGGUAUUAAUAUAGUGCAUUGUAUUGUUGAGAGUGUGUGAUUUGAAAAGAAAAAACGUGUUGACAUUUUGUAAAUUAUAAGGAAAACCCCUAUUUUAAAAUGUUCACUGGACUGACGAGUCAAGUUAGUUCCUGGAUGGGAGCAGCAAAAGGCGAAACGCAGGAGGAAGAUGUACCUACUCCUACCGCCGAAGCAGAUGUUGAAUUAAAUACCGAUGGUGAUAAAAAACAGAGUCCAACGAAGACGAGCGGUAGCCGACUAGAAAUGUUCACGAACGUUAAAUCUCAAAUGACGGGCUGGUUAGGCAACGCGAGCAUACCGGGCUUGCGUAAGGGAGAUGAUCAGCAACAGGGUGCAGGUGAUCAGCAACAACCAGCAAAUACGGCUGAUCAACAACAAUCAGCAACAGCCACUGAAAAAGCGGACACGGGGGUCAAAGACGAGGACGACAAUUCGAGUAUUUUAUUAUUUGUUAAAGGGAUAAUUAAAGUCGCGACAGGUGGCGCAGACAGCGGCCCCGCUUCGGCCGCCAACACUCCGACAGAUGAGCAAGCCGGCCAACUCGGAGCAGUCACAAACAAAGCCGUAGCAGGCGUCAAAUCUUUUGGUGGGUUUUUGUAUUCAGCAGUCAACAAAGCAGGUGCCAAAGUGAGCGAGGCUGGUGCAAAAAUCAAGAAAACCGUUGAAGAAAAUAACUUAUUGGGCGAAUUCAAUAAAGAGCAAGAAGCGUUUAUUAAAGGCCAACAGAGCAAUACUGCGGCUGCCGUUCCUCCUUGGGCAGGACAUCCAAAUGAGGAGGCGCUGAAGGAGGAAUGUCUAGGAUUGUCAACGGACCGUCGCAACUUCGUACGGGCGCCGCCAGCGGGCGUUGAUUUUGCAUUCGACUACGACGUGUCUUAUCCGACCGCUAUCGCCAUUAUGGCCGAGGACCCCAACCUGGAAGAAAUGAGAUUUGAACUUGUCCCGAAAAUAAUCACUGAAGAGAACUUCUGGCGAAAUUACUUCUAUCGCGUAUCUCUGAUCUGUCAGGCCCAUGAGACUCAGCAAACUGACAAAACAUUAGCAAGUGAAGGCGAUAAAGCGACAACUGGUGACUUUAAAGAUUCGGAAACAAAAUUGCCAAAAUCAAUGAAUAAUUUAGAAAUCGAUGUCAGUACAAAAGAAGAAGAUUGGGAGCGAGAGCUCGAAGCCGAGCUGCAGGACUAUGAGGUAGUCAAUGAGUCCGCUGGCGGUAGCGCAGCGCCCAAAACCGAUGACGAUCUGCUGGACGAUGAGCCUGACUUGAAAUAAGUGCAUUCUUUAGGAAAUAUUUUUAAUAAUUAUUUUGAAUAAAUUUGGGUGAAGUCAGUGUGAUUUUAAAUGCCAUAAGAGUGUUUUAACAUCCCAAUUACUCUUGCACCAAAAGUCACAAAUCUUAAUCACACGUGUACAUAUAACAUAUGAAUAUAUGUAUAUGUAUAUCAUGAUCAUACAAUGUAUCAUGAUCAGACGUAUACAUACUUACAUUCCGCAUGCACUGUGCAAGUGUAAUUACUUUAGCGCUCGAAGAAUGUCUCUUGUGUUACUUAUAAGCAUAAUAUAUUAUUACAUUACUUAUACAUUGCUAUUGAUCUCUUUCUGUGUAAU